AUGCGAUACUUAGACUGCCCACCAGGCUUACACCAGUUCCCCAUCGUGGGCAUUUCGUGCCACCGCUUUGCGCACCGCUGCCGUCCUCUCUUGGAGACUCUUUCGCGUCUUCGGGAGUUCAAGGGGAACCUGCCAGGCUUCCCCGCCGGCCCAAGCUGGGAAUGGCGACCCCCAAGCAGGUCAGACUCAGACCUGGACUCGGAGCCCUUGCCCGCGUACACAAGGUGGGCAAUCGAGGCCGAGUGCCCUCCGCCGGCACACGCCGGCCCGCCAACGGGACCCCCUCCGAGCUACGACGACUCCGUCAGAGCCGAUCUCCUGGGAGGCCGUCUUGCCGCUCCCGCGCCACCUCCGCUUCCGAUGUUUCCGUCCUCGGGCGCCGACAAGCCGUCGUCGUGGGCUGGUCGCGUUGGCGCCGUGCCAACGCCGCCGAGGCCGCGGUCGCCACCAUCAAGCGCCCGCCAACGCCGUACCACCCGGCCAUCGCUUGAGCCACCUGCCGUGCGAUACAUGCGGCGCAUGAGGCUUAGGGCGCCGCCCAAGAUUUCGCGAAGGCCGACUGUGGAGGAAGAUGAAGAGGAUGCUCGUGCUGUUUCUGAGAGUGGAGAUGCUCGAGAGUUAACAAGUUGCAUCAACAACUUACAACAGCAACAAGCUUAUGGUGGAUAA